AGUUACUUAAAGUUGAAAUUAAUUGGCUACUGCUAUCGUUGAAAUAAAUAUAGACAAUAAACAUAAUAAAAAACUGUUACUGAGAAUUAUCUUUGCCCUCUUAACCCGAAUGUUGUGAAAGACUUGACCUUGACGGGAGUGUACCACUCUUUUCAAGUCAUGUAAUUUCUAUAUUGAUAAGAAAGCUAAUUAUAUAGAAUUUAUUACUUUAAUCGCGGUUAUUAACCAUAUGAUUGUUUCACUGUACUAGUUGUACUAUAAUGUAUCAUUUUGCAUAUCUACGUCUCAUAAAUACAAAUUCAUUAUAAAAAUCACAUGACAAACAAACAAAUAUUAGUGAGGACGAUGAAUAAAGCAGAAGAGGAAUACGUCGAAAAAACAUUCGUCUACAAAUUUCCAACAUGUACUACAAAUCAAGAAUACACGUUAGAAAUUCCGUUAAAAAUACCAUAUCAUGGCUCCACAAAAGAGUUAAUGCAUCGUAUAAUGUCAUCGUUCAAACUACCAUGUUAUGUGGAAUCGGAUUUAUUGAAAUCUCUGCAGCGUAAUAUCAAGGAAUUUACACUGCAAUUUCAUGAUGAAAAAGCGGAGAAAUUUAUCGAAGCUGCCAAAGCAGGCAGUCUAGAUUUAGAAGAAAUAAUUAAGAACUGGGAGAAAAUAUACAAGCAGAAGACAGUAGAAUAUUCCGAUCCCAUUGGGACCACAGAUGAGGAAUUAUUUGCUGCGGCGUAUCACAGAUUAGUGCAUUCCCCAUCUUUAGAACCAAUUUUGCAAGAAGAGCACAAAUAUGGACGAGAUGUUACUGAAGUAAUUCAAAUGAGGGAUACCGACUAUGAACGUCUCACGCAAAAGCAAACCGACGAAAUGCGCGUUGCCGUCGAGGCCCUCGAAGCAGGAUCUACUGAAAAAUCCAUAAACGACAUGGCUGGUCGUCAUUUCGAGGAACAAAGUCUAUUACAAGGUUUCUGGGGAUCCAAAAUCGACGCUUUGAGAUUAGAUCAACGGCGGCAGUAUCGAAAUUGGAUCAUGAGGCUACUUGAAGAGCAACAGACCAGUAUGGUAUCCACACCAAUGGGCUCGCCCAUAGUACCGUUACCACCGUUGCGUCCAGCUCUAGACAACUUCGUUCACAGCGAGGAGAAGCAAACGACAGAUUAUCCUCUGUUAGAAGAAAGCUUUACCAUACAUUUGGGAUCUCAAAUGAAACAAAUGCACAAUAUACGCAUAUUGACCGGAGAUGUGCUUGAUUUUUGUCGUACAAAAAAUAGCGAAUCCGGGAUGGAUCCAACGCCGCAAAGAUUGCAAACAGCGUUAGGACUGUAUUCGAACGAUCUCUGUGGAUUGGUUCUUCUAAGCGAUAAUCAUUUAGGCAGUUAUUCUGGAAUAACAAAAGAAUUAUGUUCGAUAUGUCAAUUAACCACGGAAUUCCAUUUUCCGCCUAUCGAUGAGCAAUUGGAAAAGACUCGAGAAGACGUGAAGGAUGCCGUCGCCUGGAGGCAAGCGCAUCACAGGGAAGGAAGCGAUUCCCAUGUAGGCGACAAAAUCCACGACGAGCAAGAGCCUGCAAACAGGCGACGUUUUCAUUACAAGACAUUCCAAUCUGGCGCAAGUUCAUGUGGUGUUCCACAUGGUUGUCAACGAUUCUCUGAGAUCCGGCGAUAUCAACUCGAGACAUCCCGCUAUUCUAGGAUUGCGAAACAUCUUGAAGACAGCGUGUUGCAACGAUGUGACGACGCUUACAAUACCUGUGCUGCUUGUCCAUGAAAUGUCAGAGGACAUGACGGUCGCCUGGUGCACAAAACGGGCAGAGUUAGUUUUCAAGUGCGUCAAAGGUUUCAUGAUCGAGAUGGC